GGAUAAUAUAGCGUUUUAUAUUGAAGAUGUCAUCCUCUGGUGACAGUGAUGAACCACAAGAUGUUUCGUUUUCAUCUGACGAAGAAACAUUUCAGGUUGGAAGAAUUCAGCAAUUCUGGAAGGGAAAGUACAAUGAAAUUUUGCCUGAAGUUGGUAGUCAUCCACUUAGAGGUAACUCAUCGAGUGAAGUGAAGUUUUUCAUUGUUACCACAGUGGAAUGUGGAGAAGACCGCAUACAGCGACAAGUGCACGGUAUUAUCCCAACUGGAUGGAUUUCGAGAAACAUGGAAUAUCUACUUUAUCCUCAACCCAGAUUCACAGUAGGGGGUAAAAGUCCGAUUGACUGGGGAGAGAAGACAUUCAGAAGAUUCCAAAUACCAUUCGAGUCGUGGAUGGAAUAUGAUAUUCAUGCCAUUUUAAACCAAACCAAGGCUGUUAAAUUUACGAAAGCAAUAAAGGCCGCCAAAGCUGCAGCUAAUCGUCAACCCAUACUGUCAGACGCUUUUAUUUCCGACAGUGAUCGUAUUUUGGGCAGAGGAUUAAGGAAGGCAGCUCAGAAGCGUCCAUUGGAAGAGAAGGUUUCCGGAAAAGGCAAGGAAAGAAGUACGAAUAAUAAUUCUCUAAUAGAGACACCAUCGUCCAGCUCCAACCUCAAUCCAGCUGUUGCCAUCAGGACUCAAAGCUUAAGAUCUUGUCAGUCGAACACCCCGUUUGAUUUCGAAAAUUUCCCAACGAACUUAAAUGUUGGAGCUUGUGUGGGCAACAUCACCACCAACUCUGAGUUGGUUUCAUUGAACAACUCAUCCAUGCCAGUUCCGAAUGCAGCUGUACCGGCGCCCCAUGGGAGCAGUGGUGUCGGCAGCAGUAUUCUUCGUCCGUCCGUUAUUCCUAGUCCACAACCGCAUGAUGUUGGAACAAGAACUGAAGCAGCAUUAUGUGGAGCUAUUAACAAAGCAAGUGGAAUGGUCAACAAUGGAGCACCUUUACCGUCUACAAGCCACGUACAAGAUGAAGAAGAGCAGAAUCUGAAUAAUAUUGAUAUUCAGGGUUCCAACGCUUUGCCGUCCAUUUCACAAACACAAACUCGUGGACAUGGGGCAUAUUUGAAUGGCACUCAAAACAACGACGUUAUAACACGUUCAACGAAUAUUGGUGUUGGCCAUCAUGACAAAGAGUUGGAAAGUCCUCCAUCUUUUACUACUUUUGAUGAGUUCCCGAGGUUGGAUGCUGUUUACACACGUAGCUCGAACAGAAAUAAUGACACUCCACUGUCAUGGGCAAACGGUGGCGAUCUCCUGCAAUUGAAUGGCUAUCAGUCAUCUCAGGCGUUUUCAUCAUUCGACGUUCAGACAUUGAUGAGAGCCAUUGAGCAAGUAGAAAAGAAGCUCGAUGGGCUUGGAAGUAAAGUAAUCGAAAAGUUAGAUUCCGUUUCUAGAAGAAUGGAGGAGUCUUUCAAAAAUGAUUUGCCCUUAAAAGCUACCAAGCACGCCAACUACCAUAGAUGGAUCGUGGAGUCCAACUUCGGAAGUGUUUCUUGCGAUACAGUAGAAAAACUCAUUGCUACCAACACAGCUCUCCCGGACAAAACAAUUGCAAUAAGCAUGGUUUUCUUCAUAUCUGAGCGAUAUAAGGCGUCCAAAUCAAUAGGCGCUUUUGUAAACCAGGCGUAUCGUUUGUUUUUAUGUGACGAAACUAGUCAGAAAAUGCAGUGGCGUAGUGUUGGUCGGGUCAAUGACUUAAGGCCCGGACUCUCUGGUCUGAUGAAUAUGCUUUCAGUUAUAGGAGUUGCUCUCGACAUUUUUAAUCUUUCGCGGAACACUGCAAAUGUUGAUAAUUGGAGGCUAAUUGAAAUGAUUAAAAACUGCCGGAAAUACAAUGCCAAAAACUACAAGAAGAAGAAUAAUGUGCGAGGUGCCUUGGAGACGGAUGCGUCAGCAGAUGCUCCUCAGCUUCCAAAUGCAAAUGAUGACAAUGACGCGGUUAUUCUCUACAACUACAUGACUAUUCUAGAAAAAGAAGUUGUUAAUUUUAAACCUCCGCCUGCUUUUGCUCGAGCACCAGAUCUUUGUAAUUGAAGAUUCAACACCGUUUCAAACCUCUUGAAUUGACGUUUUUUCUUUGCCAGUGUCGUUCUAAAGUCAGAAAAUUGUCAUUUUA